AUGUUAAUAAUAUUAAUCCUGAUGACCAUUAUUGGUAAUGUAUUGGUGAUUUUAUCAGUAUGCGUUUAUAAAAGAAUGCGAACUUUUACGAAUAUCUUGCUUAUUUCAUUAGCAACCUCAGAUUUGUUAGUAGGUUUAAUUAUUAUGCCUCUUUCACUGAUUGAUUUACUUUAUAACCAUAUUUGGCCAUUAACUCGUAUUAUUUGUGCCAUUUGGGCUACGACUGAUGUUUUGUUAUGCACGGCUUCGAUCCUCAAUUUAUGCAUUAUUUCAAUUGAUCGAUAUAUGGCUAUAAUUAGUCCAUUGAAAUAUUCGAGGACAAGAGACCGAAAACUGGCCACUGGUCUUGUAAGCACGGCUUGGAUUCUUUCCGUAAUUAUAUGCAGCCCACCGUGGUUCGUUCCGGGUUGGGGAAUUUUUGCUGACUAUAAUAUUACGAGUGAUUCCAGUUCUUUAUUUAAUAUAACAAAUUUACCUCUAUCAUACGACACAUUCGCUUGUGUUUAUCCGGCAUCUGUUCCUUAUCGAAUCUAUAGCCGAUUGUAUUUAUCUAUUUUAUCAUCAGUAAUGUUGUCAGUUUAUUUUAAAAUUUUUCGAGUGACAUCAAAAAGAGAAUCCUUAAUACGAAAGACACAAGGAACAAUUCGAUUGAACGCUGCCAACAAAAACAGAAUAACAAAGCAGUCUUCAUCUUCUCUGCGAUUCGCAAAUUCGCUGAAUAUCUGCUUAAUAAAUUACAAAAAAAUUUCUGAAAUUUCAAUCAUUGAUUUGCCAUCACUUUUUCUUUUUUGCUUUAUUAAAGAGAUAUAUAUAUAUCCUUUUUUUAUUAGAGUUUAUUUUGAAAUUUCAACUGAAAUUCAGCAAACAGUUACAUUCGAAAAAACUGAUGGUAAAAAUGAAACACCGACUUCAAUAAGGAAAGCGAAACACGGUUAUAACUUAUUACAACCACGACACCUUCUUAUGAAAGCGCAAGAUCAUUAUUUAUCACAGGGACCGGGAAAAAUGAGCAAAAGUUCGAGGGAAAAAGUUAUGUAUAUGAAAGAGAGAAAGGCACUUAAAACUAUCACCAUAGUUGUAUCAGGUUUUGUUAUAUGUUGGAUGCCUUUCUUCGUGCUUUAUCUUAUUGAAGUAUUUUUUAAUGAAAUAGUCGAAACGAAAACUUUCCCAAUUGCAAGUGAAUUAUUUUUAUGGCUGGGUUAUUCGAAUUCUGUACUAAAUCCAAUUAUUUAUACUAUGUAUAACAUCGAUUUUCGACGCUGUUUUCGUGAUUUAUUUUCAUUGGGUUGUUGCUAUAAUCGCCCUCGAACGAUGAGUGUUAAAAAAUUGCAUCAAAGAAGCGCUAUAUUUUGA